AGCCGCGCGAAAGACUCCUCAAUGCUUCGCCUCGCUCCACUUCCGUCAGCUCUUAAUUCCGCUUCCGGUCCGAUAGAGGCGUCGCCUUCUGAGGGUCACAUUGAGCUGCGAGCGGUUUCAGGGGUGUCUUUAGGAGUCAUCACCAUGUCAGAAGACAUCAAGAGCAAAAUCAAGAACUACCGGACUGCCCCUUUUGACAGUCGCUUCCCCAAUCAGAACCAAACCAGGAACUGCUGGCAGAACUACCUGGACUUCCACCGCUGUGAGAAGGCAAUGAUCGCCAAAGAGGGAGAUGUCUCCGUGUGUGAAUGGUAUCGGCGUGUGUACAAGUCCCUCUGCCCCCUCUCCUGGGUACGUACCUUCUGCUCGGGCCUUGGCACGGAAGGUGGGGUCCCUGCAGAGUGGAGUGUGCUGACUUGGCGGGAGGAGAACAAGGUGUCAGCCUGGGACGACCGCAGGGCAGAAGGCACAUUUCCUGGGAAGAUCUGAACUGGCCCGCCUCAUCUCUCUCCUGGGAUCCUGAAUCAUGACCUAACUAAUAAUAAAAUCUCAUUGGGAAAGUGUAA